UUGCGUCAUUACGUAACAUUAGCUCGCUAUCGUACGUGCUACCACAACAAACAUGGCUGACGAUCACACAGACGCGGAGCAGUCAAUGGAGGGACACACACCUGUCUCUGAGAACCAACAUCCAGACUACGGACUGACCGACAACAUCCAGAGGACGGUGGACAACGAGAAGGCGAGUGGGGAGAAGACGAAGCAGAAAGUGGAUCUGCAGGCGCUGCCCACCCGAGCGUACUUGGAUCAGACCGUGGUGCCGAUCCUGCUGCAGGGCCUGUCGGUGCUCGCCAAGGAGAGACCUCCGAACCCCAUCGAGUUCCUGGCAGCGUUUCUGCUGAAGAACAAGAACCAGUUCGAGGAGCGGAGUUAAAGAAAUGUUUCUUUUUAUGUUUAAUGAGUUUUUCUUCUGUUUUUUUAUUCCAAAAUAAAGACAUGUGACAGUG